GGCAACCCGGGUAGAACGAGAUAGCACAGAUUAAGAAUCUACUGUUUUUACGCUUGGAUACCGGGUUUUAAAUGUCUCUGCGUAAAAAGUGAAAUUAUGUAAAAACUGUGGCAUUAUCAUACGGUUGCCGACUGAACAGCCCACCAAUAUGACUGGUAACAUGCACCCGUUGACCUAGUGGUGGUUGAGAACCUACUCGUGGUUAGAGAGCCCGCCGGUACAAACAUGGCGGUGUACGUCGACAGAUACCGCGGAGGGGAAUUCUCCACGUCGCUCAAUCUCGGUUCUGGCGAGCGGACAAGCGCCAAAAUGCGUGCUAAAGAAUCGUUAAGGAGGGAUUUGGAGUUACAGAUGAGAGAAAGAAGUGCCGCCAAGAAACGAGAACGGUUACAGGAUAUGAGUGUGAACGCAUCGGGGUGGCUUGAUCCUGAGAAAGGGCCAGAGCGAUUAAAACCUCUGGGAGGGGUUGACUGGACAGUUCGGAAGACGGGUCGAGAAUCCAGGGUGCAACCCUACCACACACUUUUUCUGUACGACGAACAGAAGCGUGCGCAGGGUAUUCCACGUGAGCGCUACAUAGAACCAGAAAUAACCGGGAUAGUGACAGAUCGGCCACGGCUGGAUUUGGGCAAACUUGACCCUCCACCAGAUAUCGUAUAUCGAUCGAACACUUUAGGACCAGCCCCAACAUACAGGGCACCUCCAGUGUACGACUAUGGAGGAUACCAGGCGCCACCAAUCAUGAACACAGGUCCCAGCGUGCCGCUAGUGGCGCCACUGCAGCCGAUACCCCAGUACCAACACCAACCAGUCGUUAUCCAAGCGCCAUCGGUGGAACCCUAUGUCCCAAGGUACAUGCCAUUCCAAACAGAAAUAAUAACUAGCAGAGUGAAUCUGCCACCUAAACACUCAGACGCUAAGCUGGAUGCCUUUAGCGACCAGGUGGACAAUGACAAACUGCGACUGCGAAUGGAACGAGAAAACGACGACUACAGAAGAAGAUUACAGAAAGAAAUGGACGAUGGUCAAAAACGACUACGAGACCAAGAAUUAGAGGCUCAACGGCGGUUAGAACUGAUGAGAAUCGAGUCCGAGGCUCGCAGACGGGAACUGGAGAGACAGAGAUAUGAGUGGGAACGGUUAUGGCGACUCAGAAACAGAGAAAGGCCACGGAGUAUACCUAUUAUAGUACAGCCUCAAAAUGACAGAAAUAAGUUGCUGGAUGAAAUGGAUCUCUACAGAAGACGACUCAGGGAUGAAAGACGACUCAUUGAGGAACUCUUGAUGAACAGAAAACCGAUUCAAAAAGAAAAUUUAGAUAUCCGGGUUAUUAAAAAAGAAAAGAAACAAGCACAACCAAUACCUGUAACUCCACCAACCCCAGAUAAUGCAAAUCCUGAAAAUGUGCAUGUGUUCACAUCACUAAAACACAAAGAUCAUGAAUCUAGACGUGAGUUUCGCAGCAUUUUCCCAGAUGUACCAUACACAAACAAGAAGUUGGAGUGGCAACAGGGGGCGCUGUUGAAAUUACAGGAACAAGCUCUUGAGGAACUACGUAAUGCAAAAACAGACAAAGAAAGGGAUAUUAUAUAUAAAAAGUACUUUUUCACGCAACCCGUUUGGCUGGACAGGGAAAUUACUCCAUUUGGCAGAAAAUAUGUGCGAAGUCGUGUAUAUACAACAGGAAGUUUAGACUGCGAGAAUCCUAGAGGCAGGAUGCGAGGACUCUCGACAGAUCCCGACUCAGUGCUUGACAACUACAAAUUACAUCUAAGAAGUCACAGGGCCUCCUCGGCAGACACACUGACUGACGAAACGUGGUUACGGCCCAGCUCGGCAGACAUCUAAACAAGCAAACUGACAGUUACAUGGAGAAUUAGCAGACACCAAAUUAACAAUGGAGGAAUGGCAGGAUUCUAUCAAGUUCUUCGACUGUGAUAUAUUCAGGGAAUACUUCAAAUUUUAAAAAAGAUGAAGCUUUGCUUUAAACUGAAAACUGAGAAGAUUCCAAAGUCAUUUUAGUAAACAGAUUUAAUUGAAAAUGGCUGUUCAUAAUUAUGCAAAUGACCACAUUGAUGUGGAGUUGAGUGUUCAAAUGAAUUCUGAUUUGAAAAGAUCAUCUUAUAAUACAGUCAAGAUUGCAAACAAAAAACAUUGCUGGAUUAUCAAUAUGUGUAAAACAAAUUCAAUGGCAAUAUUAUUCAGUCAAGUUAUUGUGCCAAUAACAUCUGGGACCAGACUUGUGUCCUUUUGAUAUAAAUAAUGAAUGUGAUAACUCUACCAAGACAAACAAAUUAGGGACUAGACUUACAUCCCUUUGAUAUAAAUAGUGAAUGUGAUCAUUCUACCAGGAGUUUUUAAAUCAGGGGACAGAUUUAAUAUUUCCCUUUGAUUUAAGUAGUGAAUGUGAUAAUUCAACCAAGACUGAAAAAUCGGGGACAAAAUUUAUGUCCCUUUAUGUAGUUGGUGAAUGUGCCAACUCUACCAGGAUUAUUGAAAUCUGGGACAAAAUUCAUAUCCCCUUGAUAUACUGACUUAUUGCUUACCUAAAGAUUGGCAGUUAUUUAACAGGGUAUUAGUGACAUAUGCUUACCUUGUAAUACAAGAUAAGUGCAGGGAUCCCAACAAUAGUAAUGGAUGAUCAAAACAAAAAGGUAAUGUAUGAUAAAGGGAACAUACAUAUACCUUUCACCAUGCUAAAGUAAAUUAAUGAAAUUAUAUAGGCUUACUCAGCUAUUAUUAAAGGCAUUGUCAUACAGCUGUUGACCCACUAAAGGCAGAAUCACAUAGGCUAUGAUACUGGAAUGUACAGUGCGAGUACAUUCCUCUUUAACUAAUGCUCACUACCAAGUCAUUCUGGAUAAAUAGCUGAAGUCCAAACAAAUGCAAAAUGGCAGCCAGCAAAAAAUUUCAUGCUUUUUGUCCAAGGAGAUCUUAGUGAGAUUGAUAUAGGUGGCACGGUUAUGAUACAGUAUGUGAAAGCUGUGAUAUUGUAAUGGCUUUUUCACUAUUUGUGUCUCGACAAAAUGUCAGGGAUAUAUAACUGUAAUUAAAGGUAGGAGAGUGAUUUAUUAUAGUUGUUAACAAUAUGAUUCAGACUUCAGUGGUAGAUAAAAUAACAGUUAUUACCGUAUUUGACCGGAAAUUAGCCCAUGUCUUUGAAUAAGCCCCCCCCCCCCUCUCUCCCCCCCCUCUCCCCCCCCCCCCC